AUGACACAAGUCUUAUCAAAAAACCUUAGUGAUUUAUUAGAAUGUGCUUUAAAUGAAAAAAUUGAAACUUUUGACAUACAGAUAGAAGGCAAUGCUACAGGUGAGGGUUAUUUAGGAGAAGUGGUUUUUAUAACAUUAACUAACAAAAGCACCAACAAAAUUGACAAUGUAGUUGUUAAACAGGUACUUGAAAGCUCUACGGAGAAUACUAUGAACUUCAUGUCAUCAACUUACAUGAAUGAAAUUCACUUCUACAAAAAGUUUCUCCCAGGUAUACAAGACUUUCAGAGAACAUAUCCACGGGCCGAAAUUUUUAACCAUGCUCCCAAAUGUCUGGCUACAUGUCGAGAAAGAGGAAAAGAAAAGUUAAUGUUGGAAAACCUUAAGUUUAGAAAUUUUACUUUGCAUCCUAAAAAAGAAUUCGUAGGGUAUAAAAUGUUCGAAACUAUAUUUAACACAUACGGAAAGUACCAUGGAGCUUGUUUAGCCUUUAAACAUAGCCAACCAGAAAAGUUUCUGGAAUUGGCAAAUGGUUUUCAGAACAACUUUAAAAAUUUUAUUAAGGCUGGUGUAUUGAAGGGAGCUAUACUUAAAAUGUGUUCAAUGGUAAAAUCCAUAUUGAAGGAGAAACAACCAGAAUUAUAUGAAAAGUUUAUACCAUUUGCUGAUAAUGCUGUAGAAAAGUUCUUGAAUUGUUUAGAUUAUAGAAGCCCAUAUUCUGUAAUUACUCAUGGUGAUUGUUGGAGUAACAAUAUGAUGUUUAAAAUAAACGAAUUAGGUGCCAUAGAAGAUAUUCAACUAAUUGAUUUCCAGAUGUCGUGGCUAGGCACCCCAGUUAUGGAUCUAACGUACAGUUUCUAUUCAGGCACUGAAAAGGAGAACUUGGACAAACUAGAUGACCUCCUAAAAGUAUAUCACGAUAGUCUAAGCGAAACGUUGAAAAGUUAUGAUUGUGAUGUUGAAAAAGUCUUUCCAUUUGAUGCACUUAAGAACGAGUGGAAGCAGUACAAUGCGUUUGGUUUUAUAAUGGGCUUGCUCUUGUGGUUAAACAAAAGUAUGGAACAGAGAGAGUAUAAUCUUAGCGAGAUGAUGGAUAGCUCUCAAAACGGUGAACCAGAAGAAAAUAAAAAUGUGGAUAUUAUAAUGGAUCAUACCUUCUUUUUUAAAGCGACUCUACCCAUAAUAAAACAUAUGUGUGAUAAUGGAUUUUUGUAA